AAAGACAGGGAGAGGUAGGGAGAGAGAGAGCCUGCCUGCUGAAUGGAGGGACUGUCAUGCCUGUUGGUUUCCCACAGUCAACAUUACACCAACCGCACUCUAGUGAGGACAGGACAUAGCUUACCUGGUUUCCCUACUGAGAGUGAGGACAGGACAUACCUUACCUGGUUUCCCUACUGAGGGUGAGGACAGGACAUAGCUUACCUGGUUUCCAUACUGAGGGUGGAACGGUGGGAAGCUGAGUGGUAUAUUAUAUUUCACUAUGACCUUGGAUUCAUUGGAUGGUUUCAGGGAAUGUGCUGUAGUAGUGUUGUCUAGGGCUUCUCCUACCUGGGAUGUGAAUAGCUAUCGCUGAUUUUCUUUUGUUUUACACCUGUCCUAGUUAACGGAGGAGCAGGUUUCAACUCGAGGCCGUCCGAAGCAACCGGUGGGAGUUGACUGGAGUUUAAGUGAAAUCGUCUCUUUAAGGUGAGCGUGUCCCCCUGUUAGAGGAGCUAAGCCCUAUCUUCCAUGUUAGGAUGGGACUGAAUAGACCCUCUGUUUUCUUAGUAGGUCAGUAAGUGUAUAGAGACCCUCCACCUAAGGCUAUGCUUUUCUGAACGCUCUCGCGGUUGAUUUAUAGUACUGUAACUGGCCUAAACUCAAACUAUGAAGGAUCUCUGGCACUUUAGCUGGAUAUUCCAUGUGAAGUCAUCAGCAUUUAACUACAAAGCGUAAUUACCAUAUUGGUUUAAAUGGCACUAUAAAAAUCUCACCAAAUGUAAUCAAGUUUAAAGAUAAAUCUUGACUGGUUUUAUUUACUCUAAGGAGAGCAUGUACUCAUGGAAACGGAUUGCUUUACAGUUAACAGUGCCAGUCACAGUUCUUUGGGAUAUCUAGUGGUGUGUGUGUGGGUGUAUGGAAUGAGGAAAAAACUCUAUUUAUCCUCCCUUUCACCUUUGGCCUCCUAUUCUGCACUUAGCUGUAAAUUAACGACCAAACGGUCAUUUUCAGGGUUAAAAUCUAAAGGUCAUCUUUGAUAAAUUAGAGCCAUUGUUUUUCAAUCAUUAAACUACUCUUUGAGUUGAGCAUACAGUCUGUUCUAGGUUCUGCCUUAAUGAUGUCUCUGUAUACAAGUAUAACGUAUUUUCCCACUAGGUCAUAGUCUGCGACCCACUUUUGCGUGCGUAUUUUAUCUCAUCAUGCACGUCAAAGAUAAGAAAUCACUCCUAGUUCAUUUAUGCUUCUCUACCGACAAACAUUUCUCAUGCUUGAGAAAGUUGAUGAAAAAGUACGAUACCAGUACAGUUGAACCCUGUGCCCCUGUACGUGUGUGUGUGAGAGAGAGAGAGAGUGCGGAGAGACACAGAGAGGAGAGAAAGAGAUGGACAGAGACCAGAGGGGGAGAGAGAAUGAAACGGAGAGAGACCAGGGAGAGAGAGAAAGAAACAGAGAGGGACCAGGGAGAGAGAGAAAGAAACAGUGAGACCAGAGGGAGAGAGAGAGACAAAGAAACACAGAGAGACCAGAGGGAUAGAUAGAAAGAAACAGAGAGACCAGAGGGAGAGAGAGAAAGAAACAGAGAGAGACCAGAGGGAUAGAGAGAAAGAAACAGAGAGAGACCAGAGGGAUAGAUAGAAAGAAACAGAGAGACCAGAGGGAGAGAGAGAAAGAAACAGAGAGAGACCAGGGAGAGAGAGAAAGAAACAGAGAGACCAGAGGGGGAGAGAGAGACAAAGAAACACAGAGAGACCAGAGGGAUAGAUAGAAAGAAACAGAGAGACCAGAGGGAGAGAGAGAAAGAAACAGAGAGAGACCAGAGGGAUAGAGAGAAAGAAACAGAGAGAGACCAGAGGGAUAGAGAGAAAGAAACAGAGAGACCAGAGGGAGAGAGAGAAAUAAACAGAGAGAGACCAGAGGGAGAGAGAGAAAGGAACAGAGAGACCAGAGGGAGAGAGAGAAAGAAACAGAGAGACCAGAGGGGGAGAGAGAAAGAAACAGAGAGACCAGAGGGAUAGAGAGAAAGAAACAGUGAGACCAGAGGGAGAGAGAGAAAGAAACAGUGAGACCAGAGGGGGAGAGAGAGACAAAGAAACACAGAGAGACCAGAGGGAUAGAUAUAAAGAAACAGAGAGACCAGAGGGAGAGAGAGAAAGAAACAGAGAGAGACCAGAGGGGGAGAGAGAGACAAAGAAACAGAGAGAGACCAGAGGGAGAGAGAGAAAGAAACAGAGAGACCAGAGGGGGAGAGAGAAAGGAACAUCCCCUUACAAUUUGCAGACAGAGUGUGCUUUGUCAUGUUCUUCAUUGACUGAAUGUCUGAAUCCCCAGAUAAUCUUCAACAUCAGAAUGCUAACAAUACAAAAUAUCUUCCUUAUCAGCGGUGUUCUGGCAGUACACCAUUUACAUUUACAUUUUAGUCAUUUAGCAGACGCUCUUAUCCAGAGCGACUUACAGGAGCAAUUAGGGUUAAGUGCCUUGCUCAAGGGCACAUUUACGUCAUUUAGCAGACGCUCUUAACCAGAGCGACUCACAAAUUGGUGCAUUCACCCUAUAGGCAGUGGGAUAACCACUUUACAAUUUUUUUUUUGGGGGGGGGGGGGGGGGUAGAAGGACACCACUGAUGCACACUGCUCAUCGCUCUAUGGACCAGUCCGACGAGACUAGGUUGUCUACCAUGGGUGCUAGUAAAGGAUACAUUGUAAUGUUCCCCAUGUCAAAAUUGUCUUAGACACACAGUACUGCUGUAUACAAAAUAAACACUGUACAUUGCAUCCUCAACAUAAUACAUACUGUACAUUGCAGUGGCAUACUAACACGGCUCAGUUGGACUUAUUGCUGUUUAGGUGUUUGAUAGACAGGUGUUUGAUAGACAGGUGUUUGAUAGAACAGGUGUUUGAUAGACAGGUGUUUGAUAGACAGGUGUUUGAUAGACAGGUGCUUGAUAGAACAGGUGUUUGAUAGACAGGUGUUUGAUAGACAGGUGCUUGAUAGAACAGGUGUUUGAUAGACAGGUGUUUGAUAGACAGGUGUUUGAUAGAACAGGUGUUUGAUAGACAGGUGUUUGAUAGACAGGUGUUUGAUAGAACAGGUGCUUGAUAGGUCGUUUGUAUCUGAUGUAGUAAAACAAAGAAACAUACAGGUGCUCAGGCUAGGUAGCGCCAGUAUACAUUACGCUUGGUGACAUGAUAUUAUCUUUGAAUCACAAAGCAAUUGCGUCACAGAUGUGUAAUCAGUGCAAGAUAAGGUUAAACGCAUAGACAUAGAAUUACUAGAAAGGACAUUGUCCAUCAGACCACAGCAAUUGAACUAGUAUUUGAUUUCUGUGGUUAAAAGGUUGUUUUGUUGUUCCAUUUCAAACUGUAGAUGUGUUUGGUUGGUGGUUCCAUUGUCUCCGCGAAGUCAUUGUGAUGUGGCGUUGUUGUUGUGUUUUUGCGGGGCAGUGUAAUGUGCUGAGUCGUGCUCUGACUCCCCAGAACACUGCAGAGAGCCCCGGGAUGUGCUGACAUCAGCAGUGAUGUCAUCAAAAGGGUCCCCAUGGGGGCAACGAGUCUCUCACUCUCUCUCUCUCACACACACACACACACACACACACACACACACACAAGAGUGAAAGACUAAAUGACAAGAAGAAUAAAUAGUCUGCACUCGUUUAGUGGCUGGUGUGUGUGUGUGUGUGUGGUGUGCGUGCGUGCAUGUCAUCAGAAUCUGCCCAGGGCCAUAGAGGCCCCCUAUUGAUGUUGUUGACAGUAUUCAGUAGUAGUGUGUUUUCCCUUCACAUAAAUCAGUCAACGAGAUUCAGCUGCAGGACUAUUUAUUUAUUGAGUGGAUGGUUGGGGGGCCGGAACAUUAUUACAAAUAAUUUGUAGACUGUAAAUUGACCCCAAAAAGCCCAAACAGAUAUAAUAUUUCACUAAGACAUAGUCAUUUCAAACCUUGCUUACGUUUGUAUACGUCACGUCUCUCUAUGACGCAUGGGAAUACUUGGGAACAGAUUUCCAAAAUGUAAAUCACUUGGAGCUGAUUUCCAGGUGUUUUUACAGUCUUAUGUCCAACAAUAAAUAAAUAAAACCACCUGUUGGGGAACCCUGCUGUAUGUCCUCACUGCCACCUGGGAGUCGAAGAACUCUAUAACUCUUUAACCAUGACUGGACCACUAGUGGUUGGGAUCUGUUUCAACUCUGACCUCGGUUUAGAAAAAACUACAAAGAAAAAAAGAGUAGUCCGUGAUUUACUGGGAUAUGUUGCUAGGCUACAGCCCUGUAUUCCAUUGACUACCACUGCCAGUGAUGUUUUAUCUGCUGACGUGUGUGUGUGUGUGUGUGUGUGUGUGUUGGACUAGGUGUGGGGAAGCAUUGUGAGAAAGGGGUGAAGGCCAUUGUGUCAAUAUUUGUAUUGGAAAUAAAGAACUGGAUGUGCACUUUACUGGAAGUGACCUAGGCUAUACACACCCACACUAUCUACAUGACCUACAGGACUGGUGUCCAAUGAACUCAUCGCCUCAUGUUGUAAAAUGGUAUCAAAUCUGACUGAUAGUGAAUGAAUGCACUCUUGACAUCUGGAACUAGCGAUUUAUGAGCAAUAUAUCAUGAUCAAUUCCUGGUUAUCUGGUUCAUAAAUAAAGUACAUGAAAAUAAAGACUGGCUACUUUACCUUGCUCUGUUACCCAAUUGUAAGUUCAACCCCUUCCUCUUAAAAAUGGAAUCCUUAUUGGUUAAAUUGCCAGGUCAGUUUGUAAUUAGAACAAAAAGAACAAUGAACACAGUUUUUGUCUUGGACAUCAAUGCACGCGCAAUAGAACAGCAGAAUAGUGUACUGCAAUUUGUUUUACCACUUUGGGCGACACUACUCACCUCUUGUUGACAAAACAAACAAUAACAGCAGCCGUGGGGCAGACAGUGGCUCUGUUACCCCUACUGCGGAUUCCAUCUUUAAGGGGCAAUCUGUGAUUUGAUACUUCCAUUUCUGGACUUAAAUUAAUGAUAUAUACACAUUGUUUCUUAAAGAAUAUAACUUUUAUAAAUGCCUUAUUAGCUUAGUUCAACUGCCGAACCCCCAUCAGAACCCAAAAUAUAAGCUUGUUUGUUUUACUCUGUUGUUUGUAAACCGUGUACUUGUAAACAAACUUUGCUUCAAAAAAUGGUUAAAGCUGCAGUAUGUAGCUUUGUGCCGACCCGACAGAAUUCAGAUAAAAAUGUGAGUUAUACAUUUACAUUUUACAUUUUAGUCAUUUAGCAGACGCUCUUAUCCAGAGCAACUUACAGUUUAGUGAGUGCAUACAUUUUUCAUACAGAUCUGUCAUUGUCAUUGAAGCAAUUCUGAUAAGUGAUGAAUCCAUUCCAUGUGCACUAUUUCUCUGCUUCCUCUCUUUACGUUUCCUUUUUGCGCUUUGUGUUUCGUACACCAGCUUCAAACUGUUAAAAAUUCGAAAAUAUAUUUCACAGCGUUUUAGAUGGUACAAUGAUUGCAUGUAAACAAUGUUUUUGAGGUGCUGGAUAUAAAAACAUAUAUUCAGCAAAUGAUUGAAAGAUACUGCAAUCUUGCUCCCAUGUGUUUUAUUGGCGACAUCGUUUCCACUUUACUUUAGGUCUUCAUCAGGCCUCACUUGAUAACAGUGGUGGCUGGUGGCACUUUAAAUCAGAGGAGGAGAGCAUAGUAUGGCUGGAACGGAAUAAAUGGAAUGGUAUCCAACACUUGUUCCAUGUGUUUGUAAGCAUUCCAUUCAUACCAUUUCAGCCAUUACUAUGAGCCGUCCUCCCCUCACCAGCCUCCUCUGUUUGAUAACAUGUGAUACCUAUUGACACGUGUUUUCUAACGUAACCCUCCUCUCCCACCCCAGUGUUGUCAGGAUGAUUGACACCCUAUACGAGUGGAUCUGGUGGGACCGCAUCUGGCUGCCUGUCAACCUGACCUGGGCUGACCUAGAGGACCGAGAUGGACAUGUCUACGCCAAAGCCUCUGACCUCUAUGUGACGUUGCCUUAUGCCAUAGCCUUCCUACUGGUCAGAUACCUGUUCGAAAGGUGAGCUGGCUGACAUAUAGGGGCAGUUUCCCGGACAAAGUUUAAGCCUUGACUAAGAAACAUGUUUUCCUGUAGUCCUGUAUGGCUCAGUUAGUAGAGCAUGGCGCUUGCAUUGCCAGGAUUGAGGGUUCGAUUUCCGGGACCACCCAUACGUAAAAUGUAUGUAUGCAUGCAUGACUGUAAGUGGCUUUGGAUAAAAGUGUCUUACUAAAUGGUAUCUACAGAGCCGUGGAAAAGUAUUUGGCCCCUUUCUGAUUUUCUCUAUUUUUACAUAUUUUUGAUGAAUGUUAUCAGAUCUUCAACCAAAACCUAAUAUUAGAUAAAGGGAACCUGAGUUUACAAAUAACACAAAAAAUUGAUACUUAUUUUAUUGAUUUAAUUAAAAAAGUUAAGCAACACCCAAUUCCCCGGUGUGAAAAAGUAAUUGCCCCCUUACAUUCAAUAACUGGUUGUGCCACCUUUAGCUGCAAUGACUGCAACCAAACGCUUCCUGUAGUUGUUGAUCAGUCUCUCACGUCGCUGUAUAGGAAUUUUUACCCACUCUUCCAUGCAGAACUGCUUUAACUCAGCAACAUCUGUAGAAUUCUCUGAUACAGAGCAGAAUUCAUGAUUCAUUCUAUUAAGGCAAGUGGUCCAGGUUCUGAGGCAGCAAAGCAUCCCAAAAGCAUCAAACUACCACCACAGGUUCUUACUGUGGAAUGCCGUGUUUGGUUUUUGCCAGACAUAAUGGGACCCAUUAGUCUAUAGGAGUUCCCACAUUAGUCAUUAGUCUAAACAUAAUGGGACCCAAGUAUGUAAUUGUUGUGUUAUUUGUUCACUCAGGUUCCCUUUAUCUUGGUUUUGGUUGAAGAGCUGAUAACAUUCAGUACAAAAAAAUAUGCAAAAGUAGAGAAAAUUAGAAAUGGGGCAAAUACUUUUUCACAGCCCUGUAUAAUAUUAUAGUUUGUUCAAUGGAGAUUUUCCAUUGAAAUGGUUUCUAGUCCAGGACUAUGCUGUGUCCAGAGAACCGGCUCGUACUCUGUACUGUUCAUAUACUACUAAACCAUGUUUAGAUCAAACCUCUACCUCACUGUCCCCCUACACUAUAGAAUUCCCUCUCAUCAGAUACCAGUUUGAAAGGAGAGCUCGCUGAACAGAAAAGCCCCUUUUAUAGGUUGCUACAGGGAAGUAGAUAUUAAGUUACAAUUUCACCUGCUUUGGUACUGUGUGUGAGUGUGUGUGAGUGUGUGUCUUUAUCUUUAUCCCCUCGCAUGUGCUUGUCUAUGUGUGUGUGUGCAUAGUGCAUAUGUGUUUGUGAGCAUGUGCACUUGUGUGUGUGUGUGUGUAUUUAAGUCUAGAGGAUCACUCUAGUCUCACCAUUAGAAAUGCGGUCAGAUAUAUUGGCACCCUUGCAUGAUUCACUAUUUCUUCAGAAAUAAGUUGUUAUUGAAAAUACUUCUGGUGUUACAGGUGUAUUUGUUUGAUUUACAACAUCAAAAAUGAAAUUGAGAUUUUUCCCAAAAGAAUGGCUUGGACUAAAUGAUUCAAAAUUCAAGUUAAUUUGGUUGGAGGCAAUGAUUCUCAUUUAGUGUGUAGUUCAUCUCACCUGUGGUGACUUGCAUGUGCCUAUAAGGUAAAAACAAGGUAAAAAUUCAACCGGUUUUGAAAAGAAAAAAAGGGAACAUUCUGCUCCAUUGUAAAGUCCAAUAUAUUUGACCGCAUCUGUAUGUUGUCCUUCAGGUUGAUAGCCACGCCUCUAGCCACCUCAGUGGGGAUCCGGGAGAAGGCCAGACUGAGAGUAGCAGACAACCCUAUCCUGGAGCUCUACUACCGCUCCCACUCCAGAACCCCUGGCCAGGUAUUAACCUACUACCUCUCCCACUCCAGAACCCCUGGCCAGGUAUUAACCUACUACCGCUCCCACUCCAGAACCCCUGGCCAGGUAUUAACCUACUACCUCUCCCACUCCAGAACCCCUGGCCAGGUAUUAACCUACUACCUCUCCCACUCCAGAACCCCUGGCCAGGUAUUAACCUACUACCUCUCCCACUCCAGAACCCCUGGCCAGGUAUUAACCUACUACCUCUCCCACUCCAGAACCCCUGGCCAGGUAUUAACCUACUACCUCUCCCACUCCAGAACCCCUGGCCAGGUAUUAACCUACUACCUCUCCCACUCCAGAACCCCUGGCCAGGUAAUAACCUACUACCUCUCCCACUCCAGAACCCCUGGCCAGGUAUUAACCUACUACCGCUCCCACUCCAGAACCCCUGGCCAGGUAUUAACCUACUACCUCUCCCACUCCAGAACCCCUGGCCAGGUAUUAACCCUACAGUGUCAAUAUUACAAAUCACAUUUACACCUUUUACAUGUAGACCUGAUUAUUAGUGUCAAUAUCAAACGUCAUUACACUAUGAGAUUAAAUACAUUCUAAUAGCCUGAAUAGUACAAACCCUGACCAUCUGGCACUCUGGUCAAACCCUGCCCAUCCGGCACUCUGGUCAAACCCUGCCCAUCCGGCACUCUGGUCAAACCCUGCCCAUCCGGCACUCUGGUCAAGCUCAAUCAAUCAACCCCAAAUUCCCAGGUUUUCCUGAAAUCAUGGUUGGAGGAUUCUGGAUUCCUCCUGAUCCCUGGAGUCUUCCAACUCGGAUUUCAGAAAAAUAAAUACAAAUAAUUACCAGAUGUUUGCAAGCCUAGUUAACACUCAAUUAUUCAAAAGAAAACUAAUAUUUUGUGAACCCAGGUCUGAUGGCUAGUGUCAGGAGACAAACAGCUGUUGUUUUGAGAAUAUACAUGGAUUAGGUCUUCUGCUAAAUUGGUUUUACCCCAUCUGAUGCUCUGACCAACUCAGUGGCCUUGUGGUUAGAGUGUCGGCCCUGAGAUUGGAAGGUUGGGGAUUUGAUCCCUGGUCUAGUCAUACCAAAGACUAGAGUCAGCAUUAAGGAGAUGGAUUUGGGGUAUGGCCCUGCAAUAGAAAUUCAAGUUAAUUUGGUUGCAUUCAAGUUAGUUCACCUGUCCAGGGGGUGUACUUGUAUGUCCAGAUGCUACAGGUAUAGGAUAGGCCAUUCUGGCUCAGUCAGGGGUAGUAACAUACACACAGUGCAUUGGGAAAGUAUUCAGACCCCUUGACUUUUUCCACAUUUUGUUACGUUACAGCCUUAUUCUAAUAUUGAUUAAAUAAAACAUUUUCCUCAUCAAUCUACACGCAAUACCGCAUAAUGACACAUCAAAAACAGGUUUUUAGAAAUGUUUGCAAAUGUAUUAAAGUUAAAAAACAUAAAUACCUUAUUUACAUAAGUAUUCAGACCCUUUGCUAUGAGACUCGAAAUUGAGCUCCGGUGCAUCCUGUUUCCAUUGAUCAUCCUUGAGAUGUUUCUACAACUUGAUUGGAGUCCACAUGUGGUAAAUUCAAUUGAUUGGACAUGAUUUGGAAAGGCACACACCUGUCUAUUUAAGGUCCCACAGUUGACAGUGCAUGCCAGAGCAAAAACCAAGCUAUGAGGUUGAAGGAAUUGUCCAUAGAGCUCCGAGGCAGGAUUGUGUCAAGGCACAGAUCUGGGGAAGGGUACCAAAACAUUUCUGCAGCAUUGAAGGUCCCCAAGAAAACAGUGGCCUCCAUCGUUCUUAAAUGGAAGAAGUUUGGAACCAACAAGACUCUUCCUAGAGCUGGCCACCCGGCCAAACUGAGCAAUCGGGGGAGAAUGGCCUUGGUCAGGGAGGUGACCAGAGUUCCUCUGUGGAGAUGGGAGAACCUUCUAGAAGGACAACCAUCUCUGCAGCACUCCACCAAUCAGGCCUUUAUGGUAGAGUGGCCAGACGGAAGCCACUCCUCAGUAAAAGGCACAUGACAGGCUGCUUGGAGUUUGCCAAAAGGCACCUAAAGGACUCUCAGACUAUGAGAAACAAGAUUCUCUGGUCUGAUGAAACCAAGAUUGAACUCUUUGGCCUGAAUGCCAAGCGUCACGUAUGGAGGAAACCUGGCACCAUCCCUACGGUGAAGCAUGGUGGUGGCAACAUCAUGCUGUGGGGAUGUUUUUCAGCGGCAGCGACUGGGGAAACUAGUCAGGAUCGAGGGAAAGAUGAACGGAGCACAGUACAGAGAGAUCUUUGAGCGCUCAGGACCUCAGACUGGGGCGAAGGUUCACCUUCCAACAGGACAAUGACCGUAAGUACACAGCCAAGACAACGCAGGAGUGGCUUCGGGACAAGUCUCUGAAUGUCCUUGAGUGGCCCAGCCAGAGCCCGGAUUUGAACCCGAUCGAACAUCUCUGGAGAAACCUGAAAAUAGCUUUGCAGCGACGCUCUCCAUCCAACCUGGCCCCAAAUACAGGUGUGCCAAGCUUGUAGCAUCAUACCCAAGAAAACUCGAGGCUGUAAUCGCUGCCAAAGGUGCUUCAACAAAGUACUGAGUAAAGGGUCUGAAUAUUUUACCAGUCAAAGUUUGGACACGCCUACUCAUUCAAGGGUUUUUCUUUAAUUGUACUAUUUUUUACAUUGUAGAAUAAUAGUGAAGACAUCAAAACUAUUAAAUAACACAUAUGGAAUCGUGUAGUAACCAAAAAAGUGUUAAACAAAUCAAAAUAUAUUUGAGAUUUGAGAUUCUUCAAAUAGCCACCCUUUGCCUUGAUGACAGCUUUGCACACUUUUGGCAUUCUCUCAACCAGCUUCAUGAGAUAGUCACCUGGAGUGCAUUUCAAUUAACACGUGUGCCUUGUUAAAAGGUAAUGUGUGGAAUUUCUUUCCUUCUUAAUGCGUUUGAGCCAAUCAAUUGUGUUGUGACAAGGUAGGGGGGGUAUACAGAAGAUAGCCCUAUUUGGUAAAAAACCAAGUCCUUAUUAUGGCAAGAACAGCUCAAAUAAGCAAAGAGAAACAACAGUCCAUCAUUACUUUAAGACAUGAAGGUCAGGCAAUACGGAACAUUUCAAGAACUUUGAAAGAUUCUUAAAGUGCAGUCGCAAAAUCCAUCAUGCGCUAUUAUGAGGACCGCCUCAUGAGGACUGGAAGACCAAGAGUUACCUCUGCUGCAGAGGAUAAGUUCAUUAGAGUUACCAGCCUCAGAAAUUGCAGCCCAAAUAAAUGCUUCACAGAGUUCAAGUAACAGACGCAUCUCAACAUCAACUGUUUAGAGUGGACUGUGUGAAUCAGGCCUUCAUGAUCGAAUUGCUGCAAAGAAACCACUACUAAAGGACACCAAUAAGAAGAAGAGACUUGCUUGGGGCAAGAAACAUGAGCAAUGGACAUUAGACCGGUGGAAAUGUGUCCUUUGGUCUGGAGUCCAAAUUGGAGAUUUUUGGUUCCAACCGCCGUGUCUUUGUGAGACGCGGUGUGGGUGAACGGAUGAUCUCCGCAUGUGUAUUUCCCACCGUAAAGCAUGGAGGAGAAGGUGUUAUGGUGUGGGGGUGCUUGCUGGUGACACUGUCUGUGAUUUAUUUAGAAUUCAAGGCACACUUAACCAGCAUGGCUACCACAGCAUUCUGCAGUGAUACGCCGUCCCAUCUGGUUUGGGCUUAGUGGGACUAUCAUUUGUUUUUCAACAGGACAAUGACCCAACACACCUCUAGGCUGUGUAAGGGCUAUUUUACCAAGGAGGAGUGUGAUGGAGUGCUGCAUCAGAUGACCUGGCCUCCACAAUCCCCCAACCUCAACCCAAUUGAGAUGGUUUGGGAUGAGUCGGACCGCAGAGUGAAGGAUAAGCAGCCAGCAAGUGCUCAGCAUAUGUGGGAACUCCUUCAAGACCGUUGGAAAAGCAUUCCAGGUGAAGCCGGUUGAGAGAAUGCCAAGAGUGUGCAAAGCUGUCAUCAAGGCAAAGGGUGGCUAUUUUGAAGAAUCUCAAAUAUAAAAUAUAUUUUGAUUUGUUUAACACAUUUUUGGUUACUACAUGAUUCCAUAUGUGUUCGUUUUGAUAUCUUCACUAUUAUUAUACAAUGUAGAAAAUAGUAAAAAUAAAGAAAAACCCUGUAAUGAGUAGGUGUGUCCAAUCCUUUGACUGGUACUGUAUGUAAAUGUGAUAUUUCAGUUCUAAAUAUUUUAUGAAUUUGCAAACAUUUCUAAAAACCAAUUUUUGCUUCGUCAUUAUGGGGUAUUGUGUGUAGAUCGAUGAGGAAAAAAAGCUAUUUUAAUCAAUUUUAGAAUAAGGCUGUAAGUAACAAAAUGUGGAGAAAGUCAAGGGGUCUGAAUACUUUCCAAAUGCACUGUAUAUCUGAUGUUCAGACCUGUGAUUGUGUACAUCACCCAGAUGUCCAGUUGACUAACCUCUAAUGCAGCUACUAUGCUCCAGGUCAAAUGUUUUGGUCCAUGACUGACCAUGUGGUCAUGAGGGAUGUUAAUGUUUAUCCACAUGACUUUGACCCUUUACCCGUCUCUCCACAUGAGGUGUGUGCGCGAGUGUGUGUGCACAUUUGUGUGUGAGUGUAUCAAUGUGUCUAUGUGCGCUUGUGUGUGUACGUGCACACAUUUGUGUGGCUGUGUCCACAUGUGCGCUUGUGUGUGUGUGUGAUUCUCCUGAUGUGAUUCUCCCAUAGGGCGGCGCACAAUUGGCCCAGCGUCGUCCGGGUUUGGCCGGUGUAGGCCGUCAUUGUAAAUAAGAAUGUGUUCUUAACUGACUUGCCAAGUUAAAUAAAGGUCAAAUAAAUAAAUAAAAUGUGUGUAUAUCAUCAGAGGGUCCAGACAGUCUUGAGGCCUCACACCACGAGACCUCUCUCUCAGAUCUAAAUAAUGCUUAUUUUGCUGAUGUAGACAAUCUCCAGUGAGACAUCAUCAGCUCCUCUGACUGCUACACAGUACUCAGGGUCCAAUGUCUUCCUGAAAUCUGCUAGUGGGGACACAUUUUCCCUACUAAAGCCAAUUUGGUGACGUCUGAUGCACCCCAAUUUAUUGAAGUCAACUUAGUAGCCGUCCACAUAAGGGUUAGUAGUCCUCUGUUUAGCUGGCAGCUGGCGCUAAUCAAACACACUUGGCUCUGAACUCUUGUGUGUGUGUGUGUGUGUUUAUGUGUGUGUGUGUGUGUGUGUGUGUGUGUGUGUGUGUGUGUGUACGUCUCCCAGGCAGUUAUAGAUGGUCUGUCUAAGAAGAGCGGCUGGUCCGUUAGGCAGGUGGAGCGCUGGUUCAGAAAGAGAAGAAACCAGGAUCGUCCCGGAGUACUGAAGAAGUUCAGAGAGGCUAGGUAAAACGGGUGUAAGUUUGUAAGUGUGUGUGUGUGCUUGAGCACAUGUGGGAGAUAGAAUGCUUAUGCCACAUUUUCACCUUCCCCUGUCUGUCUGUCUUGCAGUUGGAGGUUUGUGUUCUAUCUGUUGGCGUUAAUUGGAGGAGUUAUGUCCCUGUAUGAUGUGAGUAUACCCUAAUGAUCCUCUGCUUCACAAACACAAGUCUUUACAAGCUAGCAAUUCGGCGUGUGUCGAGAGAUGUCAAGUUGUGGAGUGAGGUUACGGUAUUUUAACUCUGUUACAUUCAGUACCACAAAAACACGCACCGGCUACAAAUUCCUAACACUUUUUGAUAUGUUAUACAUAAAAAAUGGACAUAAUCAAAGUAGAACAUUAACAGGUUGUCCCGGGUAAAAGCAGGGAGGAGGUCAAAAUGGAAGACUCAAUUGCUGGAUAAAAAUAUUAUCUGAGCUGAAAUUGAGAACUUCUCUUCAGUCAUUCUGCCCUGAAGUGAAGGGAGGAGAGGGGGAAGAGGAGAGGAGAGGACAGAGAGAUGAGCUCUAUGGGAAUUUGACGGUGAUGGCUUCAGCAAGUGCCUGGAGGCCUCUAGCCAAUGCCAGUACCAACUGUUUAAAUUGAAAGCAUCAUGGUGAGAUUGUCCUGUAAUGUUCUUUAAAGAUUUCACUGCAUGUUUUUUCUUUGUUUUUUUGUAUUUCAGAAAGAAUGGUUUUAUGACACACGGGAAGUGUGGAACAGAUUUCCUAAACAGGUGUGUAUGCGUGCGUAUAGUGUAUAUGUGUGUGAGUGUGGACACGUGUGUGUUCUGGUCAUUAGGCCUACUGCUGAGCGAUUAGUGCUUUUUGAGGUCAGUUCGGUUUCGGUUUGAUUAUUUAAAAAAUGAUCAGAUUUUUCGGUUAGAUUUUUGGAAACAUAAAAAUGUAUGCAUUAUGUGGAUUGAAUGCUGAAACAACACAGAAUAAAACAAUGAAUAACAGUCCCAUGAUGGUAGUGACGGCCCAUUAUGGCUUAUUAUUCACAAUACUUUACUUUCAUAACAUAUUUUGGGGGCUUAUUUUGGACCUAAGCUUGUCACCUGUCUUCCUGCCUUUGGGACAACGGCUCCCAUUGUUAGGGUGGAGACAUGAGCAUCUCGUCAUUAUAUACAGAUCUCUGCCCACACCGACCAGACAAGGAGGCAUAUAGAAUAUUGGUGGGUUGGAAACUACAACUCCCUACAGGCUUGAUCUGAUUUCUCUAUAGAGAAACUUCACAUUGAGCUCACAGAAUACAUUCAAAUAAUUGAACCAACGUUCGUCAAUUAGUUGUAAAAAAAUAAAUAAUUAAUAGCUCAGCACUACUGGUGAUUUACCAGAGAGAUUUCUAAGAGCUCUCACUCUCCCUUAACUCUUCUAAUGUGUCUCCACACCAGUAGAACUAACCAGGAAGAACAACAGCACAUCAUACUUGAACAGCCUCAACUAUUGGCUAACAUUUUCACGCAAUGUCCAGAUUUACGAAUUUGCUCACAAAUAAAACAUAUACAACUUGUCUAAUACUUAUUCUCAGGUCCAAAACACACACACAUAUACACACAGGUCCAUAUUUAGUAGUGAGACUAUUUAUUUUUUAAUUUACUUGAUUUAUUUUUAACAUGUGGGGGAAUGUGUGUAUGGUUUAGAUUGCUGUUCAAUCUUUACUGGGUGCCAGGUCCUAAUCAAAGGAAUGAUGAUAUCACCCAAACUGGAACGGCGAGGCUAGGAUAAUGUUUGAUCAGGCUCCACACCUAACAAUGUUGUUUGGGGUUUAAAGCAGAUCUAAGUAGAUACAGGCCACGUCCCAGAUGGCGCCCCAUAUGGGCCCUGGUCAAACGUAGUGCACUACAUUAGGACUAGGGUGUCAUUUGGGAUGAAGACAUAGUUUAUAGAGAGAUGUUGGAUGUGCUUUAUGUGAUCGUAUUUGCAACAAAGAAUUCAACACAGUUGGUAACUUACCUGGUAUCCAAGUUGUAGGCCUACUUAGAAGGGCUCAUGUUGAUGAAUCCCCCAAAAUAAAAAGUGGUUAUUAGGUAGACUAAUUAUUAUGCAAUUAUAAUUUUAACCAUGUAGUUGCUAAGUAAAAACCAGGUGAAAUAGCGGAGUGUAAAUCACCAUGUAGCUCUGGGGCCGUAUGUGUCAAGGGUCUCUAAAUAGGAGUGCUGAUCUAGGAUCAGGUCCCCUCUAUCCAUGUAUUCUUUUUCAUUGUGAUCUAAAAGGCAAAACUGAUCUUAAAUCAGCACUUCUACUCUAAGAUGCUUGAUAGCUAUACAACCCCUGAUUUCUUUGCCCCAGCUAGAGACACUGUCUCCCUCCGAAAUGGCACCCUAUUCACUAUUUAGUGCACUACUUUUGAACAGAGCCCUUUGCACUAUAUAGGGAAUAGGGUGCCAUUUCUGAUGCAAACACUCAGACAAAGGAGAAGGGCUUUGGAGAGCUCUUUGUUUUGAGUCCAUUCUGUGGGACUGUGAUUCAUUCAUGGCACUGUAGGAUCAUGUUACCUGUUACUGGUGUUUAUCUCUCCCUCUCUCUACACACAUCUCAUUAUCUUUUAAAGGGAGCGGAGAUAAUACCGAUAUAAUCUAUCUCUCUUAUAUCUAUCUCUAUCUCGUAAUCUAUCUCUCUCUACAUCUCUGUCUGUAUAUCUUCUCUCUCUCUUCUCUCUCCCUCUUCUCUCUCUCUCUAUCUCUCUCUGUUCUCUCUCUCUCUCUCUCUCUGCUAUGUCUCCUCUCUCUCUCUCUCUGUCUCCCGCUCUCUCUCUCUCUCUCUCUCUCUCUCUCUCUCUCUCUCUCUCUCUCUCUCUCUGUCUCUGUCUCUGUCUCUGUCUCGCUCUCUCUGUCUCUCUCUGUCUCUGUCUAGACUAUGCUGGAUUCUCAGUACUGGUACUACAUGCUGGAGAUGAGUUUCUAUGGUUCUCUUCUCUUCAGAGUCACCUUUGAUGUCAAGAGGAAGGUGAGAGUCGGGGAUCCCAGUCCCUGCCAGCCCCUAUGGGCUUUUCUCAAGCUCUGCUUUCUUUCGCAUACCCCUGCAUUAUCUUCCACUCUAACCCGUUUACCUGCUUCUCAUAAGAUGGAAAAACAACAGAGGUACUAAAGCUCUGCUUUCUCACGAGUUCCCCUACUCCAGUUCUAAUUAAAUGGCGGCCUGCCACCUCUGGCCAGCGAGGCAUUAAAUGUCUUAUGGAGAUGAAAAGUACAAAGUGUGUAGAAAUGACCAUAUCAGGAAAUCAACAAAGUAUUUUUUAUAAAUAGUAAAUUGCAGUUGGCUCCUCAUAAGCAAUUACAGUUUAUUAUCAUUUCCACUAUAUGACACACACGAUUAGCCGUUUUAUUAGUUGGUCCAACAUGCCUGACAUUGUCCAUCUGCCUGCUGAGUUAUGCAUGUAACACUAUCAGGUCAUUUUGAGGACACGUAGUAGGAUAACAACAGUGCCAACAGAAACAACAACAACAACAGGUGAUGAUCUUUGUUGUGCGUUGUGUUGUCUCCUCUAGGACUUUAAGGAACAGAUCAUCCACCAUUUGGCCACCCUGACACUGCUGUCCUUCUCUUGGUGUGUCAACUACAUCCGCAUAGGAACCCUGGUGAUGCUCAUUCACGAUGCCUCCGACGUCUUACUAGAGGUCUGCUACCACAUGGAGUGUGUGUGUGGGCCUGUAUCUCUGCAUGUGUGGUGUGUUCUCUCUGUGUGUGUGUGUGUGUGUGUGUGUGUGUGUGUGUGUGUGUGUCUGUGGCAGACACUUUAAUCUAAAGCAACGGUUACGUCCCAAAUGGCCCCCUGUUAAACGUAGGGCUCCUGACAAAAGUAGUGCACUGAAGUGAAUAGGGUGCCAUUUAGAAGACACCCAUAGAUUGAGCUGUGCAGUAUGAUAGCGGGGAGACUCAUUGCGUGGUUUUCUCUCUCCUACCCCAGUCUGCCAAGUUGUUUAACUACGCCAAAUGGGAGAGAACCUGCAACAGUCUCUUUGUGGUGUUUGCUAUUGUGUUCAUGGUAACCCGACUGAUCAUCUUCCCAUUCUGGUAAGGCAACUGACAAGCCCUAGGUGUGUGUGUGUGUGUGUGUGUGUGUGUGUGUGUGUGUGGGGCUCUCUAUUAUAUGUUUACCAGUUGGCACACAGGAGGAGUAAUUGUCAGGUGAAUGUCUUUGUCUCGUGAGCGCUCAGUGAUACAGAAGUCAAUAUUUAUUGAAUUAUGUUCUGUCUGUCUCUCCUGUUAGAAACAAUCAACCAUCUCAUUCCACUCUGAAAGGCCAAACAAAGAGACGUUGACCUUUGCGAGAGUACAAAACAUAAUGUUCUGUUCUCUGCAGAGAAAAUAAACAAACGUUUCUUUUUUUUCCCCCCACAUAUUUUAAUUAUUUCCCCCCCUGCUCUGUAGUCACAAAUAAAUAAAAAAGAAAGAAGGUUUAUGAUUGGUCAGGUUCAGGUUGUCCCUUCCCGUUUCAGUCUGGUGCCUAUUGAAUACGACCCAGUGUUUCUGCAACUGAUUCAUCUUUCCUGAGUCAGACAACAAUUCAUUUGAAUUGAAUGAGAACGAAAGGUGAAAAGCUACAGAUAGUUCCAUAGUAUUUACCUGGUUAUUUCAAUAAUGAUAAAGCCCUGUAAAGCAAAGGUUAGCCAUUAUUUUCCUUCACAACGGCUUGUGAUUAGUAGGCAUGAAAAGCUAAACAUUUUGAAUAGGAAAAAGAGCCUUAUUGGAUUCUUAUUGGUUAUACUGCCUCUGCUUCACGGCCUUCCAUCCACACUGAACACCACCCAGAACAAGUUUACAUGUUUAACAGAGUAAAAUGCACCAUCUUCAUCAUCAUCAUCAUUGUUUGUAUUGUUUCUGUAAUUCCAGGCUGAUCCACUGUACAUGGGUGUACCCCACCCUCCAGUACCCCCCGUUCUUUGGAUACUACUUCUUCAAUGUGAUGCUGCUGGUCCUCCUGUUCCUACACAUCUUCUGGGCCUACCUCAUCCUGAGAAUGGUCAAGAAGUUCCUCUUCGGCAAAGUGAGUCAUCUUUUUGUCAGUGUUUUUUUUACAUUCUUCAUCCAUUCCCUUUAUGACGUCCAUCAUUUGGUCACAAAGUCACCACUUAAAGCAGGCCUGAAUCAUACCAGUCUGACACUCAAACCAGUGGUUCCCAAACCGCUCUCUGAGUACCCCCAGUCGUUCCACUUCCAUAAACAGGUGGUCUUCCACUGAUCUACCCCAGUACUAGCAUACCUGUUUUCAUCUGUGGUCCUCUGUAGCUCAGCUGGUAGAGCACGGCGCUUGUAACGCCAAGGUAGUGGGUUCGAUCCCCGGGACCACCCAUACACAAAAAAUAAAUAAUGUAUGCACGCAUGACUGUAAGUCGCUUUGGAUAAAAGCGUCUGCUAAAUGGCAUAUUAUUAUUAUUUAUUAUUAUCUGGUCAACUAAUCAUCAAGCCUUUGAUUAGUUGGAAUUAGGCUUGCUGGUUUUGGGAUAAGUCAAAUAAGUGGAAUGACCUACAGGGGGGUCAGCUACCACUCAGCCCAGUCAAAGCUCUUCUCAGUCCUGGCAGCCCAUUGGUGGAACCAGCCUCCCCCUGAAGCUAGAACAGCAGAGUCCCUGCCCAUCUUCUGAAAACGUCUGAAACCCUACCUCUUCAAAGAGUACCUUAAAUAAAUCAAGUAUUGACAAGUAUUUUCCUACUAGCACUGGCUUUGCUGAUAACUACUUUAUUGACUCAACAUGAACUUGCUAUGACUGUGAUGGUACUUACAAAUUGACAGAAUACCAACUUGAUGAUUAGUUGACCAGAGCUUGAUGAUUAGUUGACCAGAGGUUGAUGAUUAGUUGACCAGAGCUUGAUGAUUAGUUGACCCGAGGUUGAUGAUUAGUUGACCCGAGGUUGAUGAUUAGUUGACCCGAGGUUGAUGAUUAGUUGACCAGAGCUUGAUGAUUAGUUGACCAGAGGUUGAUGAUUAGUUGACCAGAGGUUGAUGAUUAGUUGACCAGAGGUUGAUGAUUAGUUGACCAGAGGUUGAUGAUUAGUUGACCAGAGGUUGAUGAUUAGUUGACCAGAGGUUGAUGAUUAGUUGACCAGAGGUUGAUGAUUAGUUGGCCAGAGGUUGAUGAUUAGUUGACCAGAGGUUGAUGAUUAGUUGACAAGAUGAAACAGGUGUACUAGUACUGGGGUAGAUCAGUGAAAAACCAUCCUAUAUAGCUACUGCUGUACACACCUUUUCUAUACAUAUAUUAAUGUCUCUACACACCAUCCUAUACAGCACAUACAGUACCAGUCAAAGGUUUGGACACACCUACUCAUUCCAGAGGUUUUCUUUAUUUUUACUAUUUUCUACAUGGUAGAAUAAUAGUCUGUUCUCUGUCAGAUGACUGCAGUGUCUGUUCUCUGUCAGAUGACUACACCAGUGUCUGUUCUCUGUCAGAUGACUGCAGUGUCUGUUCUCUGUCAGAUGACUACACCAGUGUCUGUUCUCUGUCAGAUGACUCCACCAGUGUCUGUUCUCAGCUGAACUUCACCAGUGUCGUUAUCUGUCAGAUGACUCCACCAGUGUCUGUUCCUGGUCAGGAUGACUCCACCAGGUUGUGUCUUGUCGAUGACCACCAGUGUCGGUUCUCUGUCAGAUGACCACCAGUGUCUGUUCUCUUCAGAUGACUACACCAGUGUCAUUGUUCUGUCUGUCAGAUGACUACAGUGUCUGUUCUCUGUUAGAUGACUACACAAGUGUCUGUUCUCUGUCAGAUGACUACACCAGUGUCUGUUCUCUAUCAUAUGAUUACACCAGUGUCUGUUCUCUGUCAGAUGACUACAGUGUAUGUUCUCUGUCAGAUGACUACAGUGUCUGUUCUCUGUCAGAUGACUACAGUGUCUGUUCUCUGUCAGAUGACUCCACCAGUGUCUGUUCUCUGUCGGAUGACUACAGUGUCUGUUCUCUGUCAGAUGACUCCACCAGUGUCUGUUCUCUGUCAGAUGACUACAGUGUCUGUUCUCUGUCAGAUGACUACAGUGUCUGUUCUGUCAGGUGACUACAGUGUCUGUUCUGUCAGAUGACUACAGUGUCUGUUCUGUCAGAUGACUACAGUGUCUGUUCUGUCAGAUGACUACAGUGUCUGUUCAGUAGAUGACUACAGUGUCUGUUCUCUGUCAAUGUGGUCUAGAAUCUAGCUUGUUUUAUUGUUUCAUUGUUCUCAUUCUGUGAAUGUAGACUUACUGACUGGGCAGUUAGAACAUUGUGCGAGUGUGUGCAUGUGUGUGUGUGUGUGUGUGUGCAAGUGUGUGUGCAAGUGUGUGUGUGUGUGCAAGUGUGUUGGGCUUGGCAAGGUGCUUGAUCCCUGUCAGCUACGGCAAUGGCAGAAAACAGCCAAGGUGCCAGAGGCAAUUACUCAACCCCCACGAGGUCACAAGGCAACAGUGGGUUGCCAUUGGAACCUAAUUAUUGGGGAUUUAGCAUUGUGCCUAACAUAAUUAUAUUGGUGGAGAGCACAGUGUGACUCAGAACGGUCAGAAGGCUCAAGGAAAGAGAAAAGAGCCUAUAUUGGUAAACCUGAAAGACUGACCUGACCUACCAUGGAUUAAACUCCAGGUGGUUUUGAUUGAUCGAAGGCGGCCAACUUUGGGAACUACUGUGUUAGAGAUAAUGAUGGUCUCUGAGGUAGAAAGAGGAAUCUUGCUGUAUGUUCUGAGUACAUUGUUUUUAGGACCAUUAAUAGAUUUCUCUCUCUCUAUCUAUCUCUCUGUCUCUCUGUCUCUCUCAUGACUCCAGAUGACCAGAGAUGAAAGAAGUGAUGAAGAGGAUGAUGGUGAAGGAAGCAGUCUGACUGAAGAGGAAAAAGAGGAGGGCAGGUAUCGUUAUGGCAACGGAUCUGGAGUGGGCACAAAGGAGGGCAACAACGGCUGCUUCAGACACUUAUCUCUCUCGGAGAAUGUCUGCUCAUCAAAGACUGUUUACUGACCCAGCUCGUGUCGUGAUUGCCGGAGCCCUGCACCAAAGGCAGGGAGGGGCGGGAUCAAGGUCAUAGGAGAAGCUAGAACAACACAAAACAGAUUCCAUCCCAUAUGGAAAAACGACAACAAUCAGACAAACAUUUAGAUUUAGAUUUCUGACUCUGGAAUUUGGAGUGUAGUCUAGUAAAAAAAGAAGUACUUCACAAACAGAAAGAGACCGUUUCUCUUGGCCUGUAGUUUCUUCCACGUCCCAACUCCUCUCAUCUUCAAGGAAAACAAUGUUGACGAUGGCACAGUUUCACAUGGAACCCUCCUCAGACAGCAACGAGACAAAGACCAGAAAACACAAAACACAAAAACCCUUGUGUUUUUGUUCAUUGUCAUAUUUCAUCUGUUCAGUAUUGUUGCAGAAAGGUGGUGCGCAAGCACGUCGUAAAACGGUGCCAGGCGGCCGCUCCGCUUGAGCCCUUCAUCCAUCAAGGCCUGGCUAGGGUUUAUAGUUUAUGGGCUGCGUUCAUUCACUAGCGGCCUACAUGUUUUAUUUCAACCUCUGCUGGCUAUGGGGGUUAGUUAUGGACAACCAGGUGAUGAAUGAGAGCCAAUAUCACAAUGGGCUCCUCCUCUCUUCUUCUCUCUCUCUUCUUCUCUCUCCUGGCGCUCAGGGAGAGCGUAGGACGCGAGAAACGCUGAUCUCGCUGAUGCUUCUCUGACCCGUCUCAGUCUUCUCUAUCUUCUCUCGCUACCGUCUCUUCGAUCCAUCCACUCUCUUCUUCUCUCCUCCUCUUCUUCUUCUUCUCUCUUCUUCUAUCUCUUCUUCUCACUCUUCUUCUCUCCUUCUCUCUCUCUUCUUCCUCUCUUCUUCUCU